GAGUCCAGAAAGAAGCCAAUACUAACUAGCUUGGAGGAGAUGAGAGCAAGUACAAUGGUCCGGUUGGCUAAUAGGAGAAAUUCUGAGUCUAAGUGGAGAAGUAAAGUAGGUCCAAGAAUAGAGAAGUUGAUCAAGAAGAACGCUGAUAGGCUAGGAGUCAUGAAUAUACUCCACUUGAGUCUGCGCACAUGAGGUUUGAAGUACAUGGCAAGGGUGUUGCAUGUGCUUCUGGUGUAGUGUCUCAGCAUUAUGUGCAGUUGGAUAAGAAAUCAUGCUCAUGUCGGAGAUGGGAUCUAAGUGGAAUUCCAUGUGCACAUGCAAUUGCAGCAAUUUACUCUAAGGGGCUAUCACCUGAUGACUUUGUGGAUGAGUGCUUUACGAAGAAGAGAUACAUGAUGGCAUAUGAGCCAGUGAUCAACCCAAUCCCUGGAGUUGAUGAAUGGGAGUAAAUAAACAGACCAAUUGUGCCUCCAAAGUUCAGAAAACUUCCUGGAAGGCCAAAGAUGAGCAGGAAUAAAGAACCAGGUGAGGAUCCACCACCAGCUGGAACUACAAAACUGCCUAAAAGUUAUUACAGUCAAAUUACUUGUACGCUCUGUAAGGUUAAAGGGCAUAAUCGCAGAACCUGUGCCAGACGAUCUAAGACUAGUACAUCUCAACCAAGGGCCCAUGUUCCUAAUGACAAUUUAGCAGAAAAUGUGAUGAAUGAAAAUUUAAAUAGUGAUGGUAAUAUCAGAGCUGAACAAGAAAGUAUGGAGAAUUCAUUGCAACAAUUAUCACCGCAAAAUGGAGAUGUUCAAGUGACAAAUGAUUCCUUAAUUAUGGAUGUGCAUUUCAAUGUUCCAACACAACAAGUAACUGCCCAAAUGAAGAGAGGCAAGUUAACUGCAAGGAAGCCUCAAAAUGGACCAAAUGAGGGAGACGUUAGACCCAUUUGGAAGCCUUAA